AUGACAGAAGUAGAGACUCUCAGACGUACCCUGUGGUUCAAUAACGAAUCUUGAGAGCGCGCACGGCAGGCGACAAUGGUGGCGAAUAAGCCCCGGAUCGUGAUAGUGGGCGCGGGCAUAGCCGGGCUCUCGGCGGCGCAGCAGCUGUGCCGCGCGGGGCAGGGGGACAAGUUUGACGUCGUGGUGGUGGAGGCCGCCCCCCGCGCCGGCGGCCGGGUCUUCACGUCCGAGUUCGCCGGCCACCGGGUCGAGAUGGGCGCGACGUGGGUGCAAGGCAUCACCGGCAGCCCCGUGUACGCACUGGCGCACGACGCGGGCGCGCUCACAGAGGAUGCCGGUGGUCAUCUCCCGUACGAGCGCAUGGACGGGCCCUUCCCCGACGACCGCGUGCUGACCGUCGCCGAGGGCGGCGACGUCGUGGACGCGGACAAGGUGGCCAAGCCGGUCGAGGAGCUGUACAGGGGCAUGAUGGACGCCGCCCGCGCAGGCGAGGCUGGCGGCGGAGGCGGCGGCGUGGAGGAGUACCUGCGGCGUGGGCUGCGAGCCUACCAGGCAGCGCGCACCGACGGCAGCGGGAGCAAGGUGAAAGAGGUCGAAGAGGCGCUGCUCGCGAUGCACAUCAACCGUGAGCGGACGGACACCUCCGCCGACGCCCUCGGCGACCUGGACCUCGCCGCCGAGGGCGAGUACCGCGACUUCCCCGGUGACCACGUCACGAUCCCCGGCGGGUACACCCGCGUCGUGGAGCACCUCGUCGCCGCGCUCCCGCCCGGCACCGUCCGCCUCGGCCUCCGCCUGCGCCGUCUCGAUUGGGGCGAGACCCCCGUACGCCUCCACUUCGCCGACGAUGGAGCGGCCGCGCUCAUCGCCGACCACGUUAUUCUUACCGUGUCCCUGGGCGUCCUCAAGGCCAGCCUCGGCAAGGACGCGGCCUCCGCCGCGGGCGCCAUCGCCUUCGACCCGCCGCUCCCACAGUUCAAGCGUGACGCCGUGUCGCGCCUGGGCUUCGGCGUCGUGAACAAGCUGUUCGUCGAGUUGGAGGCCGUGGAACCGGAAGGCGGCGGCGAAGAGCAGCAGCUAGCUGGGGCGGCGGCGCCGCCGGAUUUCCCUUUCCUGCAUAUGGCCUUCGACGGCCACGUGGCGAAGAUCCCGUGGUGGAUGCGAGGCACGGAGUCGAUCUGCCCCGUCCACGCGGGCUCCAGCGUGGCGCUGGCCUGGUUUGCGGGGCGGGAGGCCAAGCACCUCGAGUUCCUCCCCGACGACGACGUCGUCCGCGGGGUCCAGGCCACGCUGGACUCCUUCCUUCCGGCCACGUCGUCAUCAGGGGCGACGUCACGGUGGAGGGUGAAGAGGAUCGAAAGGAGCCGGUGGGCCGGGGACCCGUUAUUCGUGGGGUCCUACAGCUACGUCGCCGUCGGGUCGAGCGGGGGGGACCUCGAUCGGAUGGCCGAGCCGCUGCCACGUGGUGGAGUACCGGAGGCAGAUCGGACGCCGCCGCCGCUGCGGGUGCUGUUCGCCGGCGAGGCGACGCACCGGACGCACUACUCGACGACGCACGCCGCCUACCUCAGCGGCGUACGCGAGGCCGACCGGCUGCUGCAACACUACCCCUGAGAUUUUCUUCGACGGCAAACCCAUGCAUGCAUGCUAGAUCGGCGGGGAAAUGGUCGAUCGAGCCAGGCACGUGGCAUAUGUAAUAGAAAGUCAUCUAACGAGACGGAAGGAGUACAACGGUGUGGUGAUAACUGAUAAAGCGCGCGGCGUGGAUUGAUAUUCAUAUCGUCCAUAUCGCACGAGCUCUUCUGCUUCUACAGAGUUUUUGUCGUGAGAGAGCCUCUUUUCCUUUUUAGCUACGGUACUGUCUAAUGUCUUGUCCGUAUGACUGCAUGAGUAGUCCUGACUCCUGACUUGAACAUCCUAGCCGCAGUGAUGCGCCUCGUGUCACCUUAUCACGGCGUCAUUUUCGCGUGCAAAAGAGAUAAUGUUGUGGA